AUGUUUAGACUUAAAAAAAAAUAUGAUGAACUUGAAAAGCAACUUAUAAAGACUGAAGAGUGGCUUGAUAUGGCUUUAAAAGCAGAUAAAGCUCUUGCAGAAAGAUGUUCUCAGCUUACUGAGACAAAGAUGGAAGCAUAG